AUGUUCGAACUUUAUGUACUACUUAUUUUCUCACGUCUUUGUUCUAUUGUCCCUUAUGAAGGGUAUUUACCUUAUGAUAGAUCAGGGGAUUGGUUAUACCAGACACUAGAGGCAUUAUCUUUAUUAUUAAUUUUACCACAACUUUUUAUGUUUCAGAAACAGGGAAAAGUUGAGCCAUUUACGUCACACUUUCUUGCCGGUCAGGCCCUCUCUCAA